UUUCGUGCUCCGAAGAUGCGCAUUCCCCAAUUCCCAAUCCUAUCGCCACAACACGACGCGACGCACACUUCUCCACUCUCUGGAACUCUCGCCAUGCUUCCGGCUCUCGCCGCCGCCUCGCCGACGCUGCGAACCUCUCGCCCGGUCUCCCGCCUCCGGCGCAACCACCGACACCAUCACGGUGUUCAUCUUCACCUCCACCACCGCUUCCCUUCCUUAGCCGCCGACGGCGGGGGUCGCGGUCGCUUUCUCCUGGUCGGCACAUGCGCCGCUUCUGAUGGUAGCGCAGGACAGGAUGUUGGUAGUCCCGAGAGCAUGGCAAAUUCAGGAUCUGCAUAUGUUGGUCUCUUUGUCCGAAUGCUUGGCUUGGAUAAUGACGCUCAUGAUAGGGAACAUGCUAUUUGCACACUCUGGCAUUACUCCCUUGGUGGACAGAAGUGCAUCGAUGAGAUAAUGCAGUUCCCAGGUUGCAUCAGCCUCAUCAUCAGCCUCCUAAAGUCAGAGUCUGCUCGUGCUUGUGAAGCAGCGGCAGGCCUUCUGCAUAAUAUAACUUCAGUGAAGUUAUACAGGGAUGUGGCAAUUGAGAGUGGAGCAAUGGAAGAAAUCUUUAGCUGUAUCCGUAAAUCCACGAUAACCCCAGAGAUAAAGGAGCAGUGUUUGUGUACCAUUUGGAACUUCUCUGUUGAUGAAAAAUUGAGAUACAAGCUUUUGGGGAGUGAUAUGCUAAUACCAAUAGUUAGGUUCCUAGAUGAUGAAGACAUAAAAGUGAAAGAAGUUGCUGCUAGUAUCACAUCAUAUUUAACUUUAAGUCAUUCUUAUCAUGGAGCUCUGGUCGAAGCUGGUGUAAUUCCAAAACUGGUUCAUCUUCUACAAACCAAAGACAAUGAUUAUAAAAUUAUCAGAAAGGAAGCUAGAAGUUCGCUCGUGGAACUAUCCACGGAUGAUAGUUACCAUGCCCUUAUAGUGGAUCAGGGUCUAGUCCGGAUUCCUCUGGUUGGCUCAUCCGCUUAUAAAGCCUUCAGACCUCAACCUCAUUCAUGGCCCUCUUUUCCUGAUGGCUCGGAAAUUCAACGGAGUUCUCGGCCUUCAAAAUAUGGUGCAACUGAAUUGCUUCUUGGCCUGAUUCUAAAUGAGAAGAAAGCAGAACCAGAUGAAGCUAAAAUUAAUGCUAUGAUAGGGCGUUCUAAUCAGCAAUUUCUUGCACGCGUUGGAGCUAUUGAGUUUGAUUAUGAAGGGAAAGAACAAUCUGGAUCUCAAAGGAAUGAUCACCACACCAUCUUACCUUGGAUAGAUGGUGUUGCACGGCUAGUUUUAAUAAUUGGUCUCCAAGAUGUCUCUGCAAUUGCAAAGGCUGCUCAUGCAAUCGGUGAUGCAUCAGUAAAUGAACACAUGCGCACUUCAUUCAUGGAAGCUGGGGCUGUGAAAUCUUUACUUCAGUUGCUGAUGCAUAAUGAUGUACCUGUCAGAGAAGCGAGUGCUUAUGCAUUGGAAAAACUAAGUGGCAGUUCCAAAGUUUGUGAGAAGAUCAGAGUAGAAGAUGGUCGAGAGCUGCUUGUAAAUGUACUGAAGGAUUCAGAUACCCCAGUAGAACAAUUGGAGAAGACAAUCCAUGUACUUUCUCGAAUACUUGAUAUGGAGCCUAAUUACUAUGCUAGUACUGGGUCUGAGGAUAUAGUGGACGAUGAGAAGUGCAGUCAAGGUAAUGUAGAUGGUGAGCUCAAUGGAAUGUCCCAAAAUUUAUUGAAACAAGACGAGUUGGAUAGUUGUAGCGAUUCAAUCUUUGACUUUGAUGUCAUCUCACGCUUAAUCAAAGUUCUCAAGGAAUCAUCUCCAAGCCUGCAAGAAAAAUGUGCUACUCUCCUGGAGCAUUUAGCAGCUUGUGAGCAACAUGGCACUGCAAUGACUGCUGCCCGAUCUGAGUCAGUAAUUGAAGCUGUUCUAGAAAUGGGGGUUAUUCAUGGGACAACAUGCAAUCCCGAGAAUCUUGAUGAGCCUCCUACUAUUAUGGUUGAAGUCAGCCAGGCCGUCGGUGCAACUGUGAGGUUACUCACUAAGUUAUUGAACUUCGAUAUUUUUGCUCGCAGCAUAAAUAGUGUGAGAAUUGUUGCUCUGUUAAGAAGAAUGCUCCAGUCCAGUGUUCCCCUACAGUCAAAGGAUUGGGUCACAGCAUGCCUCAUUAAGCUAGAAUCAAGGGGCUUGGUUGAUCGGAGUGUUGGUGAUAUAGGCAUGGAGAUAACCAUAUACCAUACUAUUCCCAGGCUAGUUGAGCAGAUGAUGACUUCAUUUUCUUCUGAAAUGAAAAGAAAAGCUGUAAUAGAGCUGAACAGGAUAAUAUCUGGAGGUGUGAUGGAAUACACAACAGCAGUUGCCACAGCUGGAGGCAUAUUUCCGCUGGUAAAGAUGAUUGAAGAGGGUGAAGGAGAUGUACUGGAAGCUAGUCUAGCUGUCUUGUAUAACCUAAGCUUGGAUCCAGAGAAUCACCCGCCAAUAAUUGCUGCUGGAGCAGUGCCUCUUUUGAAGCGAAUUGUCCAUGUGGAAAGCCCACACUGGAAUCGUGCUCUUCAGUUGCUUAGAACGUUGCCCGUAUAACACCAUGGCACCGAGUGACCACUUGAUCUCAAUAGAUGUUAGACUCUGGUUAUUGCGGUGACAGGUGGGUUGUAAAGAUCAUGACCUGUUUCUAUCAACUGUUUUAUCCAAAUGGCCUGUCGAUGCUACGCAAGAAUGCUGUAAAGAUCUUGACCUGUUUCUAUCAACUGGAUGCCGGUCAGAUGCUAUGCAAGCAUGUAGUCACAGCUUUUUUUUAUAAAAGAACUUUAUUUUUUGAAAGAGGAGGCAAAAGCUUGCCUCGCUCAUUAAUUAGAGAGAAUUCCUUAUUUAA